GAUUUGGCAGCAUGAAGCCUGUUAUUGUCGUUCAUGGAGGAGCUGGCCGCAUCUUUAAAGAACGGGAAGAAGGAAGCCGUUCCGGUGUAAGGAGAGCAGCCCUGAAAGGUUACAGUAUCCUUAAACGAGGAGGGACUGCAUUAGAUGCAGUUGAAGAAGCUGUAGCGGUAAUGGAAGAUGAUCCACAUUUUAAUGCAGGUUGUGGCUCUGUGUUAAAUGAGAAGGGUGAAGUGGAAAUGGAUGCCAUUAUCAUGGAUGGAAAAAAUCUAGCCUCGGGGGCAGUAUCUGCUGUGAAAUGUAUAGCUAAUCCAAUAAAACUUUCUCGGCUCAUCAUGGAAAAGACAGACCACAUGUUGCUGACUGACCAGGGAGCUUUUGCCUUUGCCAAGGCCAUGGGAUUUCCUGAGGUUCCCGGAGAGAAACUCGUCACUGAAAGGUCUCUAGAUAGAUGGAAGAAAAACCUUGAGGCCGAUUCAAACCCUCAAGAAUUCCAAAAAGACCUUGGGACCGUUGGAGCCGUUGCGAUCGACAGUGCAGGAAAUGUCGCUUGUGCAACAUCAACAGGGGGACUUACUAACAAACUGGUUGGCCGUGUUGGUGAUACAGCCUGCACAGGAAGUGGUGGUUAUGCAGAUAACAAUGUUGGCGCCACCUCUACCACUGGCCAUGGGGAGAGCAUUAUGAAAGUGGUUCUAGCCAGGCUUGUCCUUUAUCACAUGGAACAAGGGAAGUCACCGCAAGAUGCUGCUGACAUUGCCUUAGAUUACAUGAAGACAAGAGUUGGGGGGCUGGGUGGGGUUAUUGUGAUCAGCCAUACAGGAGACUGGGCUGCAAGGUUUUCCACCAAGCAGAUGGCCUGGGCCACAGUGAAGGAUGACCUGCUGCAGUGUGGUGUUUAUGCUGGGGAGAGGCAUGAGCAAUCUGCUGAAGAAGCCCUUAGCACCAUGGGAUCCUAA